UGUUUAUAAAUCUAAUUGUACUGGUUCACAAGCGGCUACUAUAGACACGGAGGGCAAGGCAAUUCUGUCCUCCUUCCUCGUGACGGUCAAAUUAGCAUCACUGCUAUCAGUUAAUUUUAUCUCUAACUAAUUUCAAAAUUUUCACACACUCCCUCCCAAUAAAAGAAACUGAGAACUUCAUUCUAUACCAUCAAGUCUAUCAUUCUCUUCCUCUCCCUCUGAGGUGGAAAGGGAGCCAGCCUGCCACAGGCAUCCUCCCAGAUGGGCAGAGGAGCUGUUCCCAUGUAGUACGCAGGCACCAGGACAGGCAUUCUGGGCCACUCUGCUCCUCUCCAUCUCCCAUCCACACCCUCUCCCCACCUCCCACCAAAAGCCCCACAUCCUAUCACCAAUAUCCUGACCUCCUUCUAAUCCUUUGCCUGUGUUGUCUAUCUCCAUAUAAGCUGAUGUGACUAUAUGAUUUUUAUAUGUAUUUAUCAAUGUUUGAGUCAGUUUGUAUUUUUGGUGGGUACAGUCCGAUGUGUUCGAGCAUGUGGAAUAUACAUGUGCUGACACCUGCACCCAUGUGGGCCUAGUUUCAAGCGACCUGACACGAAUAUAAUGAUAAUGAACAUUUGUACAUAAAUACAGAAUACACAUAUGAUACCUAGGGGUUAUGUCUAUGGGCUUAGCAUCAGGAUUUUAUUUUGCAUAAAGGGAGUGAUCUGCACUGCACUAACAAUGAAUCAGCUUUUUAAAGGUCACUAUCAGUGACUCCCUUACAAAUCACAUUACAUAAAUACUUCUGUGAUUGGACAUGCCAUUUGGCACUACAGUCUCUGAGUUGAUAAAGGCAGCACCAAGCCAUGCUCUCUACAGGUAAUAUAUGAAAGGAAAUAACUGCAUAAUUGAAAAUAUUUUAAGGAGCUUAAAGAAACUACUUUUAAAACUUCUUAAAAAUCUGGUUUGAAAUAACAAGUACAAUGUUAUGUUUACACUUUCAAAUUGACUCAGUAAUCUACUUUUAAGUCAUUACCUGUCAUCUUCCUUUCACAGUCACAAAUCCAAAACUUUUAUUUUACUGAAAUAUGGGUUAAUCUUUUAUUUUCUGUCAUGUUCUCAAAUACAUACAAUUACAAAGCUGUUCAAAAUAUCACCUCUGUUAAAUGAUAAUGUUUGUUCUACAGGAGGACGCUAGAACAAUAUUUGGGGAACAAGAAACCAGACCCAUAAAGGAUUUAUUUAUAAUCUCUUCCCUUUAGUGGAAAUUCAUAUUCUCCUGAUUUGGUCUAAUUACAUGCAUUAGUAUUUUGAAUUGGGAAAAAACGGCUCAAAGAGGACACAUACAGAUCCUGGCUCACAGCUGAUGAUCUGAGUAAAAUGAUCUCAAUUAACUGAAGAGAUGGGGAGAAGCAUUUCCUGGAGUUCCUAUGCACGGACAACAGACUGGGGUGGGGCUCACUGCCUUCACCAACACACUGGGGUGGUGUUGAAGGGACAGGCCAGUCUGGGUUUUGCAGUGACGCCAAGAAGGUGCAGGAAAUGCUGCACACCGCACACCAGCCCAGCCGCGCCCCCGCCCUCCGCCCGGAACCCCUGAUUGGGUCCGCCAAGACCUGCCCGUUCCAGCCAGUUCCUCGCUGGGGAAGCGAGCGCAGCGCUGGCCGUCCAGCCCCGGCUCACGAUUUAAAACGGGCAAGUUUUGUUCCUGAAAUCAAUGACUCGCUCCGCUGCCGGAAGGAGAGCCGACCUCCGUUUUGGGAGUUUAAGGAGCUGAUGUUGGUCUUGGUCCAGAUUCCAGGUUGCACCAGAACAUUUUCUUCCUCUGUUGUGGAUCACACUGCAACAUCCCUGAAGCCCUUCUGGCAUCCUGCUAUGGCCUACUACACAGAGGUGAAGUCAUCAGCUAAGAGUGAGGAGGACAGGCCUCGGGAGACGGGGGAAGAUCUAGCAUGGCUGGUUGCACUUAACUUUCACAAAAAGAAGUACACGGAAUAGCUGCAUGUGAGGCCAAUCCCCAAAUUUAAUGAAGGAUGUCAGAAUGGGAACAUUUUGAUGUGCCAGUGUCCUCAUGCAACAGUAUGCUCCGUUCUUUUGCCAUCUCUGAAAAAAUGGUAUUAAAAGAAAAUAUUCUGUAAAUAAGAAGCUCGGUAUACAUGUUUAAUGACCAACAUGGACAUCUGUUCUACAGAAUACCAAGUCCUAUGCUCUUGAAGAAGCAAGCGCCCAUUUAAAACUGACCCUAAAUAAAAACAAACUUGAAUAGACAUCAGAAUGUUUGGGAGUGGCAGGAGAGUAAAAAAAUGGCAAUUUAUUCAGAUAUUUGCCACUUGUUUCGUACUAAGCCUCAUGUUCUUCUGGGGACCGAUCGAUAAUCACAUCGUGAGCCAUAUGAAGUCCUACUCUUACAGAUACCUCAUAAAUAGCUACGACUUUGUGAAUGAUAGCCUGUCUCUUAAGCGCAGCGAGGAUGGGACUCCUCGCUACCAAUACUUGAUUAACCAUGAGGAGAAGUGUCAAGCACAAGAUGUCCUGCUCUUACUGUUCGUGAAGACUGCUCCUGAAAACUACAAUCGACGUUCGGCCAUUAGGAACACCUGGGGCAAUGAGAAGUAUGUUCAGUCUCAACUUAAUGCCAACAUCAAAACUCUGUUUGUCUUAGGAACACCUUCUGACCCACUGAUGAGAGAAAGACUUCAGAGAAGACUGGUUUGGGAAGAUCACAUGUACAGUGAUAUAAUUCAGCAAGAUUUUGUUGAUUCUUUCUAUAAUCUUACUCUUAAAUUUCUUCUGCAGUUCAAAUGGGCAAAUAGCUUUUGUCCACAUGCCAAAUUCCUUAUGACUGCUGAUGAUGACAUAUUUAUACACAUGCCAAAUCUUAUCGAAUACCUUCAAAGUUUAGAACAAAUGGGUGUUCAAGACUUUUGGAUUGGUCGCGUUCAUCAUGGUGCCCCUCCUGUUAGAGAUAAAAGCAGCAAAUACUAUGUCUCCUAUGACAUGUACCAGUGGCCGGCUUACCCUGACUAUACUGCCGGAGCUGCCUAUGUGAUCUCUGGUGACGUAGCCACUAAAGUUUAUGAGGCCUCACAGACACUCAACUCUAGUCUCUACAUAGAUGAUGUAUUCAUGGGCCUCUGUGCCAAUAAAAUAGGGCUGGUACCACAAAGCCAUGCGUUUUUCUCUGGGGAAGGUAAAACUCCUUAUCAUCCCUGCAUCUACGAGAAAAUGAUGACAUCUCAUGGACACGUGGAAGACCUUCAGGACCUUUGGAAGGAUGCCACAGACCCGAAAGUAAAAAUGAUUUCAAAAGGUUUUUUUGGUCAAAUAUACUGCAGGAUAAUUAAGAUAGUUCUCCUUUGCAAACUGACCUAUCUGGAUACGUAUCCUUGUAGGGCUGCCUUUGCCUAAUAGUACUUGAAUGUUAUGUGUUUUCACUGUCACUGAGCCAAUCCUGGAUGCAAAAAGCCUUUACAUGUUUGUCUAUACCAUAAGUGAAAUGAAUAUGAAGAACAAAGAAAUGUUUUGAAAGCCUAGCUUCUCAGAAUGUUUCUUUGACUCUAGAAGCCCUUCAAUAUAACUUACCUACUUCAUUGCCUAAAUUCAUUUUGAGAAAUUUAUAUUUAGACAAGGUUUAUGAAAAUAAAACUAAAGGGAAUUUCAGGUUCUUAGUACCACAUAUAUACUGUAGAGAAGUUAUUAAGGUGCCUUGGUGUUAGAAUAACUGCUUUUGAAAAAUACCAAGUAAAUGUAUAGCACAACAUUUCAAAGUAAUGAACGUAUUGCUUGACCAGGUAUACAAGUUUAUCUCCCUUUCUUCAGAGGAGAUUUAGGGAAAAAUGUACACAAUUUCUUUAAAAACCACCAAAUCACUUAUUGUCUCAUCCACAUAGCUAUUUUACCUAGAUAGUAUUGGAGUCAUUUAAGAUAUACCUUUUUUUUCAAAGUUCAAUGUGAAAUUUAAGGCUUUGGCUCUGCCCUAACUGAUGCUUUAUGACGGGUUUUUUCGAUUAUUAGAAAAUGACCCAAACAUGGCAGUUUCUUACUCAUACAGUCUUUCUCUAGGAUGAAAUCAUUGUUACUUUAAAAAAGCUGAUUUUAAUUUAAUGAAUUUUUCAACUGAUUUUUAGAUAUUAAAAAUUGGUCUCUUUUUAAGACAGCUAUGAAUGCAGUUUGCAUAGAGGAAUAUAAUAACGGAGAAGAAUUCAAAAAGAUAGAACAUUAAAAGCCUCUUUUUUCCAUAAUUUAUAAAAAUUGUAGUGUCUAAAUUAUUGCACUGAUUACUAAAAUUGGCCUACCCCUCUCCACCAGGUCUCAUAAACCACAGCACUUUGUUCUGAGUUCAGAUUUUAAAAUCGAGAGUAUUAAAUAUCAAAUUAAAACUACAAUAUCUAAAAAAAAAUCUAUUCUUUCAUCAAGCAGAAUGAAAGUGAUAGAAAAGUCACCAGUUUAAUGCAUCUGUAAAGCUGUAUGUUCCUUGUAAUCAAAGAAAUGUGGUUAAGAUCCAAUAAAGCAAGUUACAGUUAUUUUACAAAGCAGGAUAAAAAUGCAGCCAUGAUGCAAGCCAUCUCCCCUCACUAGAGAAAGAACUAGGUGAUGUCUAUUGCUAGGGGAAUUAUAUGAAAGCCAAAAUAGUGAUUUCAGCAAAAGUGGUUGAACUGAUUAUAAAACUUUUGUCUACAGAGGCACCUGUUAGGGAAAAAAAAGAUGUCUCACUUAAUAAGGUGAGGUCUAAAACACGCAAAAAAAAAAAAAGAGAAAAAAGAAUUCUUGGUA